CGCGCUGUCCUCCUCUGGGGCCCCUCCGCCUUGUCCCAGCCAUGGUGGCCUGGCGCUCGGCGGUCCUUGUCUCCCUCGCUUUCUUCUUGGCUAUCCUGGUCCAGAGAGGAUCUGGAGACUCUGAUGAUUUUAAUCUGGAGGAUGCACUGAAAGAAACUUCCUCAGUAAAGCAGAGAUGGGACCACCUCACCACUACUACAACCAGGAGGCCAGGAACAACCAGAGCUCCAGCAUAUCCUGCAGGUGAUUUUGAUUUGUCUGAUGCUUUGGGUGAUCGAGAUGAUGGCCAUAGGAAACCAAGUGCAGGAGGAAGAGGGAGAUGGGACCACCUCACCACCACCACAACCAGGAGGCCAGGAACAACCAGAGCUCCAGCAGGUUCUUCAGUAAAUGAUUUCGACUUGGCUGAUGCCUUGGAUGAUCGAAAUGAUCCAGAUGAUAGCCGCAGGAAACCAAAUGUAGCAGGAGGAGGUUUUUCAGACAAGGAUCUUGAAGACAUAUUAGGAGGUGGUGAAUACAAACCUGAUAAGAAUAAAGGUGGUGGUGGCUAUGGCAGCAGUGAUGACCCUGGAUCUGGCAUGUCAGCAGAGACUGGCACCAUCGCUGGAGUAGCCAGUGCCCUGGCCAUGGCCCUGAUUGGUGCUGUGUCCAGCUACAUCUCCUACCAGCAGAAGAAGUUUUGCUUCAGCAUUCAGCAGGGUCUCAAUGCAGACUACGUGAAAGGGGAGAACCUGGAAGCCGUUGUAUGUGAGGAACCCCAAGUGAAAUACUCAGCACUGCAAACACAGUCUGCAGAGCCCUCGCAACCCGUACUGUCCUCAAUCUGAGGCUCCAUUCAGCAGCAUACACACAUGAAGGGUGCCACCACCCUUCGGCCCCUCAUGUAGACCCCCAGCUGCUGUGCUACGCUUUCCACAUCAUUGGCUUCUUAUUGUUGUGAGUUUUCCUGACAAGCUUUGAGUGUUCGUGAAUUUGGUUUCUGUGCCCUGCCUGCAGGGUGGGGUGUCUGCCCUGCCCCAGGUGCUCUGAAGAGACUUGGUAGAGACUCAAGACCCAGUUCCAGCAGAUUACCAGCAUCAUCCUCGGAACCUGCUGGGUCACCAGCUCCUCAGAGCCAUCCUGUCCCAGCCUCAGCAUGGGGAGGGGAAACCAAGAUGAGAGCAGGCAAGAGGACACUGGGGACGGCGUGGAAGGAGAGCAUUUCUGCCUGGGUGAUAAAUCGAAAGGUGGUAUGAUCCCCCUACACACUGGAGUGGCUGACUCUGGCAGUGACCUCUGAGAGCUGUAAGUGGCUGGGUCCUGCUAGCACCCAGUUCACUUGGAACCCCUGCACGGGGCAGACAAAUCAACACCAAGCAAUGCCACACACAUGUAAUACCCAGGGCAGUGUUUUUCUUUUCCAAUCCUGGAUUUUACAUUGCUGGCCUUUAGAGCUGGCACAAGUGGAGACUUUUCAGUUACUUCAGUGCAAAUGUGCAUCUCAUGAUAAUCCUGCCCUGAGAGUAUAAGAAUCUGGAGAAGUUGGAAGCUGCGACUUGCAGCCCUAAUUCCUACCAGAUUCCAGAGGGGACUAAGGGUAGCCUUAGGCUGGCCAGGGUAAAAUUCUUAAGAGUUAUUUCUGCUUUGGAAAUGUUUUCUACUGGGUGGUGGGUGGUCACCCCACCCUGUAUAUGAGCUCAUUUGAGUAGCAAGAGCUACAGGCAUGGAGAACGAGCAUUGAAACCAGAACCAUGCUCAUAGAAGUUGCCUAGAAAUGUAUGGGAGGGUACAGACCUGUAAUCACAGCAGCUCAGGAGGCUGAGGCAGGAGGAUCACAAGUUUGAUACCAGCCUCAGCAACUUAG